AUGUUGAUAAAAGGAAGUCUAUUACUUGUCUUCACUAUUAUUUUAUUAAAUAAUAUGAAAAUUGAAUGUGGAAUAAUUCAAUGUUAUUCUUGUUCAGAUUGUGGUGAUUCAAUAUUAACAAAUGAAAAUAUAAUUCAAACAACUAAAGAUGAAGAUCAAUGCAUUAAAACAAUAAUUAAAACAGGAAUAAAUAGUGAAGGUCAAAAAACAAUUAAUCGAGGUGCUUCAUCACAAUGUCGACCAUAUUCAAGUGAACUUAUUUCAAUUGAUUGUUGUCAAUCGGACUUUUGUAAUAAAUAA